UUUGUACAACACUCGCCACCGCAACACAAUACUAAAAAAUACGAAUAUAUAUGUCCCGCACUUUCUUCCCGCCUUCAUUCAGUUGAUUAAGGAAAAGAGAGGGAAGUGAGAAUCGAUUGGCGGUCACCGAAAAGGCAUGUGUGGUAGAGCGCGUUGUACUCUCAGGGCCGAUGACAUCUCCAGAGCCUGUCACUGCAACGGCGCUCCAGUCCGUUCGGUCAACAUGGACCGAUACCGGCCAUAUUACAAUGUCUCUCCGGGAUCGAACUUGCCGGUUGUUUAUAGAGGCGAUGUGUCCGGUGGCGAGGGUUAUUCUCUUCACUGUAUGACUUGGGGAUUAGUUCCUAGUUUCACUAAGAAAACUGAGAAACCUGAUUUCUACAGGAUGUUCAAUGCUCGAUCUGAAUCAGUACGUGAAAAGGCCUCUUUUCGUAGACUACUUCCUAAAAAUCGUUGUCUUGUAGCAGUAGAAGGGUUUUAUGAGUGGAAAAAAGAUGGGUCUAAAAAGCAGCCUUACUACAUUCAUUUCAAGGAUGAUAGGCCUCUCGUAUUUGCUGCUCUUUAUGAUUCGUGGCAGAAUUCUGAAGGUGAGAUACUUGAUACCUUCACUAUACUUACAACGUCCUCUUCUUCAGCCUUACAGUGGUUGCAUGACAGGAUGCCUGUCAUUCUGGGAGACAAGGGUGCAAUUGACACAUGGCUUAAUGGAUCUUCCUCUUCAAAGUUUGAUAUCAUGCUGAAACCUUAUGAAAAUCCAGACUUGGUAUGGUACCCAGUGACACCUGCAAUGGGCAAGAUAUCUUUUGAUGGCCCAGAGUGCAUUAAAGAGAUUCAUUUGAAGACCGAGGACAAAGGCACUAUCUCUAAGUUUUUUUCAAGGAAGGAAAUUAAAAGUGAACAAGAAUCAAACCUACAGGGAAGUACAUGUGAGAAAUCUGCUGAUGUAAAUACUCCGAAACGUGUAAAAGAGGAAGAUGUAAUUGCAGACAAGUUGGAUAUUCCAUCAUUGGUCAACAAUGAUUCGAGAUCCAGUGUUUGUACAAUUACUAAGGAGGACGGAACAAAGUACAAAACAAAGCGGGACUAUGAGGAGACUCUAAAUGAUUCAAAGCUGGGCUUGGAUAAAGAUGAGAAACCGCCGCAGAGUCCCGCAAGGAAAAAGGUUAACCUUAAGAUUGAUGGUGAUAAACAGCCAACUCUCUUUUCAUACUUCAGCAAAAAGUAGUUUCAUCUUCAUGAGCACCUGUCUUGUACGUGAUAUAAGAACAUCCUGGUAACCUAACAUCUGUUUUGUUUUAAGGCAUGCACUUUGACCAUUUUUGUUUGUGCUAGUGUGAUUAUGUUUAUACACAAGUAGGGAAGCACUUAGAACUUGUAAUUUUGUAGUGCAAAUGCCAUAAUGUGUUUGUAGUUGAUGAUUUCCUCGUGCUGCAGUAUAAAGUACAGUCUAACAUUUAUAUGGCAGGGUAUGCAUUUGAAUGAAAUUGGUGACAGCAAUUUGGCUCA